AUGAUGCGACGCAAGACAAGAGACGUAAGAUCCAUUGGGAGCGCGCCGAAACGGAAGCCACACUCCAGAGAGAACUUCUGCAUCGCCUGUUCGAGCUGA